CCAAAUUCCGGGACUAGUCACUCAAAGAGCCAAUGAAAGUAAUCAGCAGUUCAAACCGGGGCGUAGCAGCUUGCGGCUGGGCGAGGAAACAAAAGAAACUAUAAAAAAAGCCUUCCGGGACACAUUGAUUUCCAUUUCAACCGGCGCGGGCGCUUUUUUUGUAUUUUUAGUAACCACAUCUGUAAAUAUUUUUAUUUUUUAUUUUAGCAUUUAUUUUUAAUCUAUUUAAAUACUUUCUUUUGAAAAUAGUUUAACAAUGACCAGUAGCACAUCAUUACUGGUUACCGAGGAGACGGAGCCUGAGCUCCCGCCGCUAGUAGAAAGGCUUGAAGACUUGGGCCUCGAUGAGCACGGCCCGCAGGAAGCCCCGAUCGCUGCGGUACAUCAACAUCACCAGGCGGCCCAGUUCAGUUUGCUCGGGACCGUGCUGGACCUGCAGCCGCAGUCGCGACAUCAGCAGCAGGACGAGGAAGUAGAACUAGAAGUGGAGGAAUUAGACGAGACAGAAUCAAACACGCUCCUCACACAGGCCCAGAUACCAUGUUUGGGCUCUGUUAUGCUGCCCGGGUUGGAGGCCCCAGAGACGAUCAUGCUGUACACCGGCGGCGUGGAGGAUCCCCAGCAGCAGCAGGUCCCCGGGAUGAUAAUGAUACUUCCGCCGGGUUACGGAGAGCAUGGUUUCGAGGGCGAUCAUCCUUCUGUCAUGCGGAGGAAGAGCGUCAAUACCACGGAGUGUGUGGAGGUGCCGACCUCCGAGCACGUAGCAGAGAUAGUUGGCAGACAGGGUUGUAAAAUCAAGGCGUUGCGGGCCAAGACCAACACGUACAUCAAGACACCGGUGCGAGGGGAUGAGCCAGUCUUUGUGGUGACAGGGAGGAAAGAGGAUGUUGCCAUGGCUAAGAGGGAGAUCUUGUCCGCAGCGGAGCAUUUCUCUAUGAUCCGAGCAUCUCGCAACAAGAUGGGCCCAUUGACCGGAGGACUCCCCGGUGCCCCCAACCUGCCUGGCCAGAACACCAUCCAGGUGCGUGUGCCUUAUCGGGUCGUGGGCUUGGUGGUGGGUCCCAAAGGUGCCACGAUCAAGCGUAUCCAACAGCAGACGCACACCUAUAUCGUGACCCCCAGCCGAGACAAGGAGCCAGUGUUCGAGGUGACGGGCAUGCCAGAGAAUGUGGACCGGGCACGUGAGGAGAUUGAGGCGCACAUUGCCAUGCGAACCGGCAGUUAUGUCGAGAUGACUGGGGAGGAGAACGACUUCCACUAUAAUGGCACUGAUGUUGGCUUCGAGGGGGGGCCUGGUGGUGGUGGAGCUUGGCUGAACAACCGUGCCCCGUCAGGUGGAGGACCCAGUGGCACCCGCAUGAUCUCCAACUACCGCAACGACAGCUCCAGCUCCCUGGGGAGCGGCUCCACCGAUUCCUACUUUGGGGGCAGCCGCAUGGCAGACUUCAGUCCCACCAGCCCCUUCAACGCUGGCAGCAGCUUCUGGUUUGGGGAGUCCUUGCUGCCCCUGGGCUCUGAAGACCUGGGAGGAGUGGAGUCUCCUGGCUUUGAUUCCUUGACAGCGCCACCUCCUCCACCGCAGCAGCAGGUCAUCUGGAGCCCCUUUGAGCACGGGAACCCCGUCUUAGGGCUUGAAGGGAAAAACCAACAGCGGGAUAGCCAACCCAGCACCCCACGCCUCUCGCCCACCUUCUCUGACAGCCAGGAGCACCACCGGAUGUACAUCCAGGCCUUCUCCUCCUCCAGUGAGAGCUCCACCUCCAGCUCGCCCCCCGACUCUGCCAGCUCAGCAGGGCUGUGUCAGGGCAAACGGGACUGCAUCAGGUGCUUCGAGAGCGAAGUGAUUGCUGCUCUAGUGCCCUGUGGCCACAACUUGUUCUGCAUGGAGUGUGCCAACCGCAUCUGUGAGAACAGAGAGCCUUUGUGCCCAGUGUGCCAGGCCCCUGUCACGCAGGCCAUCAGGAUCUUAAGCAUGUGAAAUCCCAGUGAGUUAGUUUGUGAGCAAGAUUGAUGGAUACAGAGGCAUUUGAGUGGGUGAUGGGGCGAGCAUAUGGAAUCUGUUGGUACCGUCUUGUGUUUUGCAUUUUUAUUUUUUGACUUAAUCAUUAGGCAAAAAAAAAAAGGUUAGGAUUAGGCUUAAGUUGUUGGUCAUAUAGCAUGCAUACACAGGGUGUUUCAAAAGCACUGUACCAUAAUAGUUUUGUUUCUUUUGUCCUGUUGCAGGUGAGACUAUAAUGUACCACGAUGGCACAGUAUACACUGCAGUGGGUCAGGGCUUUUGAAACACCCUGUAAUAUAAAUUUGUACUUUUUUUUUUUUCCCUGAAUAGCUGCUAAAUUGAGAAUAAACUACAUGUUCUAUUGGCCCCCAGCCUCUUCCAGGGAUGCCAAUUGUAAAAGGGAGAAAGUGGCGCUUAUUUUAUAUAUAUAUAUAUAUAUAUAUAUAUAUAUAUAUAUAUAUAUAUAUAUAUAUAUAUAUAUAUAUAUAUAUAUAUAUAUUAUAUAUAUAUAUAUACACAUAAAAAAAAGGUCAUGCGCUUAUGUAUCCGAUUUUAAAACCCUAUGGUAUAUAAUCUGCAGACCAUUAGUAGUUGGUCUGGGUUGGAACUCUACUCCAAAAAUAAAGCCACACCUCUUAACAGUACUGCCAUGCUAUGUAACCUUUUUUGCAGUUUACAACAACUUGUGCCUAAUUCCGCUGUUAACAAUAUUUCUGUUUUAAAGAAUUCAUGUUUGCUUGGGAAGGGGGUUUACAGUGGAGCGAGGAUAACCGUUACUACAGAUCAGUCCAUUUAGAGUGAAGGUAUUAAUGUUUUACAGAAGAAACUUGGGAGCGUCCUUUGGACAGUCAGUGUAAGAUCAAAGGAUCAAGAAAUCAGUCUGUUUUAACCUUGAUUGUUCAAGUACACCCAACCAGAGCUUUUAAACAUGGGGAAGUCCACUGGUCCAUCACACAAAGGCAUUUGUGCAAACUUUGGUUGAUUUAAUGAGGCUGUUCAAACAUUCCAUUUAAUAUUACAUUUUCUUUUAGAAUAAGUGGUUUGAAUUCUGGAGAGUCUUGUUUUCCUCCCUUUUCUUAUGAUGUUUGUGUGCAAAGCUCCCUGAAAAGAGAUCACCCCCCAGCCUCCCCUUUUUAAAAAACAACAAACAACAAAACACCGAAGCUGUUGUCACAAUUAGGCUCUCAAUCACAGUCUGUUUUCUUGCAUAUAUAUUUUUUGAAAAUGUGAAUUUUGAAAAUGUGAAUGAGUAUUUUAGCUGAUGCCUCCCCCACCUUCUCCCCCUUUCCUGUAGUAUAAUGCAUCAGUGGUUUUGAGUUGCAGGUGAAGUUUUGACAGGCUGUUUUUCCAAGUCCCAGCUUUGUUUUAAAGUUUAAGUAGCAGUGUUGCCAAUCUUCAUGUAGCACACCAGGGGAGCUUAUUUCUCUGUGAUGGUUUGCAGUCUGUCCUGGAAGAGAAGAGGAGGCUGGUGGUUAAAACUAGUUUUCUGAUUGGCUGUGCGUGCAGCUAGUCCAGACACUGCUCUCCUGUUAGUACAAUCCUCAGCCAGUUACAGUUUGUAACCACAUCGGACAAACUUACUUAGGAGCCCAAUGGACUUUCCUGCAAUAAUUGUUCAACAGCAAUUCUUUCCAAACCCCCCCAAAAAAAAAAAACACUUAAUUGGUUGUGAUUCAC